GAGCGCUUGUCGAGUCCGAAUAUUGCAGCCUGCGUUGAGUUAAAGUCUCGUGCUGUGCACGUUGAGCCUUCAGUUCGUGUGCGAACGGCAGCGGGCAAACAACAGAAGUAGCUGCGCGUGUUUCAUUCCGUUUCGUUCCGUUGCGUAGCGUUGUGCCAAAAGCAAUUUGUGCGCGUUGCGUUGGCAUUGUGAAGGCAAAAGUCUUGUCGCGUUAAAAAUUAAUUUUUAUGUUAUCAAAAACCACAUCAAUUUGAAAAUGAAUUAAAGCCAAAGAGCGUGUGUUAAGAAUAUACAAAUAAAAAAAAUUGUCACAGUGUGCGCGUGAAAGUGAAAGAAAACGCAAAGUGUGAAAAAAAAAGAAAAAGUGUCGAGAGCAAUGCGCGUGUGGCAAAAACAGCAACAACAACAACAACAACAAUCGCAGUCGCAGUCACAGUCGCAAUCGCAACGCAUUGAAGCUCUAAGCAAAGCAAAAGCCAAACCAGCCAAAGUAUCAACCAAUACCCAAGCGAUGAGGCAGAACAAUAGACGUGGCAUGGCCGCAACAGCAGCAGCAUAUGGAUGCGGCCUGCUGUUGCUGUUGCUAUUGCAGCUGCUGGCGCCAACAGAGUCAACGCCAUCGCCAUCAGCCAUGCAGACACCACAGAAGCGAGGUGGCAGUGGCAGCGGUGGCAGCGGCAGUGGCGGCGGCAGUGGUGGCAGCUCAGCAGACGCGGUCAAGGAUCACUGCAACAAGACCGUGGACAUUUUCGAGGAUAUUAGUUCGCCCGAGGUUAGCAAUCAGAAUAUAGGACGACCGCUGACCUGUUGGUAUCGCUUUCGCACCUUGAAGGGCGCACCGCGCGACUUUGUGCUGCGACUGCGCUUCAAGAAGUUCAAGGUGGGGCAGCUGUUGAAUGCCACACACUGCGACGGCGGCUAUUUGCAGAUUGUUGACGGCAAUGCCAAGACAGAUGUCUCCAAUCGCCGCGAGCCCGGCAUGUUCUGCGGUGAGGCCGAACAGCCGCAAACAUUCAUCAGCGAGACAAGCUAUGUCAAAGUGCUCUUCCAUACGGAUAACUUUACGGAUCAGACCUAUUUCACAUUCGAUUCACGCGCGGAACAACAAACUGAGGUCUAUUUGCGCUAUGGCCAGCAUCCGGAAUUGUAUCCAAAUCGUCGCGGCGAAGUUGUGCAAGGUUCGUAUUGCGAGCGGGAGUAUCGUGAUUGCCGCCUACAGACCUGCUAUGUACAGUCCCCCGCAUAUCCUGGAUUGUAUCCGCGCGCGCUCAACUGCCGCUACAAAUUGCAUACGCGACAGCCGUACAUCAAAUUAUAUCUGCAGAACGAACAGUUCGCGGUCGAUGGGCAAAGAUGCGAGAACGUUAUGACAUGCCCCAUCCGCCCCAUAGGCUCCGGCAAUGAGCACUGUCCGUACGAUUGGUUAGCCGUUUAUGAUGGACGCGACGAGCAUUCACCACUGAUAGGCAAAUUCUGCGGCCUUGGCAAAUUUCCAUUCAGCAUUAUUGGCACCUCGCAGUACAUGUACGUGGAGUUUGUUACAUCGCCGGCGGGUCCGUUACUCAAUACUGGCUUCCAUUUCAACGUUGGCAACUGGCCAGGACAUGUGGAAACGGCCGGCAUCAAGCAUGGCGUCUGCGACUGGCUGCUCAGCUCUGAUUCGUUGAAGGAUAGCAGCGCCAGCGAGGGCAUAUUCCUCAGCAUUGCUCACUGGUAUCCACCCAACACGUCCUGUAGCUAUCAUAUCAAAGGACAUCCCGGCGAAAUUGUGCGACUCUAUUUUCCCAGCUUUCGCAUCAAUCGCAUCGAGUCGCCCAUAUUAAAGUACGAGGGUGACUGCGGCGAAUCGCUGACCAUUUACGACUCGGACCAUGCGGAUCCAGCGCGCAUUAUUAAAACCUUUUGCGAUACCUUCUCGCGACCCAUGGAGAAGGUGGACUUUGUUAGCACCAGUCCGUCGCUCUAUGUGCAGUUCGACUCGAAGACAGGCAGCUAUAGCGGCAGUUCACUGUACUACUGGGCGCACUACGACUUCUUCAACAACACACGCUUUGGCGAUCCGGUGCCACACACGCUCUGCGACGAGGUCAUGUAUGCCUGGAAGCAUCCUGGCGGCCGCCUGCGCUCGCCGCUCAACUCGCUGAUCUUUAAGCGCACCAGCGGCAGCGAUGUGCGUUGCCAGUACAAGUUCGUCACGGAUCGCAGACUCUAUGCGCGCGCCAUCAUAGAGGUGAACUCGGUGUCCUUCAAGGAGCUGCCCUACAACAACAACGCCUGCACGCGCUGCCAUGAGGAGCGUGUGGACAAGCUGGUCAUCUGGGAGGAGCGCGACAAGUUCCAGAAUAAUCUCGCCUGCUUCUGCGAUAAUAUACCGCGUGCUGUGCGUGUCAUCAGCUCCGCCGAUCAGAUGAAUCUGGAGAUGAUAGUGCAGGGCCAACAUGCCAUAACCUCAUACUUUAAGAAUCCCAAUCCACUGUUUGAGGCCACCUAUGAGUUUGCGCAUGGUCCACUCUGCGGACCCAUUACCUUGGGCCCCUCGCCCGACGGCGAACUUGUCUUUCCCUACAAGAAGGCACUGGCUAUGGUAGCUGGUCCCAUGGCGCCACCAGAGCAUCACUAUCGUCGCGAGAAGUGCAUUUGGGAGCUCAAGGUGGCGGCGCAGCGCGAUCUGUGGCUGAAUCUGGAGAAGGCGCGUUUUGCCGAGCGCAGCUGCGAGAGCGCCAAGAUCGAGGUUUAUCUAGCGGGACGCCUGGAGCCGCGCUUCGUCGUCUGUCCCGAGAACAUAUCGCUGGCGCGUGAUCUGCCCAUACUCACCACAGCCGAGCUGGGCGCCACUGGCGCUGAUCAGGAGCCGCUGCCCGUGCUCAUACAAUACACAGGCGACGGUCAGCCGGGCAAGAAUAUCUUCCGUUUGGUCUGGACCGAGCUCUUCCAUUUGCCGCGUAAUCCGGACGGCAGCUUGGCCGCCUCGCUGCUGCAGGAUGGCGGCUGUGACUUCCGCUGUCCUGGCAACACGCAGGUCUGCCUGCCACGCCAUCUGCUCUGCAAUGGCAUUGCCAACUGUCCGAAUGUGACGCACAGUUCGACGCUGGAGCAGCUAACGCGGCACAUUGAGUGGAAUCUGGAGCAGCUGGGCCUGCUGCAUCGUGCUGGCGACUACAAGCAGCUGGUGCUGCACGACGAAUCCCCAGAGAUUUGCGAUGUCAGCGAGCUGCCCUAUGGCAAACUGUUGCUCAUUGCACUGGGACUCCUGCUGAUGAGUGUGCUGCUCCUUGCCAUACUGAAACGCAUGUGUCGCUCCAAUGCGCUGCAGUCGGGACUGCAGCAGCUGCAGGAGGAUUACUAAAGAUUGCUCUCAACUCAUUUGUUUACACUGCCAAAAAUUUCACAGUGUUUUCCCCACAGACAGUCGGCAGUCUGCAGUCUGUGUCUGCAGCCACUUUGAACAAAUCAAUGUUGAAAACUAUAUUAAACUUACAUGUAAGUAGUUUCCCCUCUAAUUGAAAUCUAUAAAUUUCAUUAAGCAACUCGGCGUGACAGCUAUUGGUAUAUUAAUAACAAUAAUUGUACGAUAACAACAUAUAAAUGUUUAAAAAACACAACUACCGAAAUGAAAAAAAAAAUAGUUUUCAAGCGCUGCAUAAAUUAAUUGAACGUAAAAUUGUCACGUGAUAAUUGUUGAAUGGAAAAAGCAUGAAAAAAAAUACCAAAUAGUUUAAUACACUUUAUGCAAACUAGUUAUUAAUUAAGCUAGACAGUUAAAUUGACAAACAAAAAAGGAAAAAGUAAAAAUAAACUUUAAAGUGACAUGCAAAUAAAAAAAAAUCGAAAUUAUUGUUGGCGGUUUAAUAGUUAUUAUUACAAAGCGAAAACGAAAAAAAACAUUUAACAAUACCAUGUAUUAUUAUUGGCAAAUUGUCAAGCUACAAAAUACAUACACGUAUGUA